AUGGAAGCAAUUGAAGUACCGGGGCUCAGAAACCAAACCUACUUCACCUUGCAGGGUUUCUCCCACCUCGCUGCUCGUCAGGUCUUCCUCUUUGAGGGAAUUCUUCUGAUGUUCCUAAUCACGAUGUCAGGGAACUUUCUUAUCAUCGUAGUUGCCAACACUGACCCUGCCUUGCACACCCCCAUGUACUAUUUUCUAAAAAACCUGGCUCUGAUUGAAAUUUGCUUUACGCUAAACAUAGUGCCCAAGAUGCUUGUGGAUUUGUUGUUGGAGAGAAAGGUCAUCUCCUUUUCCGCCUGCGCCCUACAAUUUUACUUUGUCAUAUCCUUCAUCACUUCCGAGUGUUUCCUCCUGGGUGCCAUGGCUUAUGACCGAUACGUGGCUGUAUGCCACCCCUUGCACUACACCAUAACAAUGAACAAGAGAGUGUGUCUUCACAUGGUCAUAGCAUGCUGGAUUGCUGGAAUUCCGUUUUCAUUGGGACUCACUGGUUGGCUAUUCAGCUACCCCUUUUGUGGCUCAAAGGAGAUCGAACAUUUCUUUUGCGACAUCACUCCUCUUCUAGAUCUGGUCUGUUCAGACACGUAUGUAUUCAAGCUUCUUGUGUUCGUUGCUACCAUUGUAAUUAUUUUGAUCCCCUUUAUCUUGAUAGCAGCCUCAUACAUCCAGAUAAUCCACACCAUCCUCCAAAUGCCAUCUGCUGAAGGAAGGCGCAAAGCGUUUCUCACCUGCGUCGCUCACCUGGUGGUGGUGACGCUGUUCUACUGCACAACUGGUUUGGUACAUUUAAAGCCCAAGUCCAGUCUCUUGGCAAAUAGCAGGAAGCUGGUGGCUCUUUCUUACACGGUAGUAACCCCUAUGCUGAACCCAAUCAUCUACAGCUUGCGCAACAAAGAAGUAAAGCAUGCUCUGAGGAAGACGUUUGGGAGGAGACAAUUCUCCAGCGAGGUGCCUCUGCCUGCAUAG